UCUACCGUCUUUAAAUACCAUCACUCCUAGCUAGCUAGCAUAUUACACACAAAGGCUAAAGCUAUUAAUUGUUUUACAGUUGAAGAUUAUAUAUAAUUCUUAACCGGCAGAAGAGAGGGGAUGGCCGAGUCUGUUCCGACCACGACCAGUGGCGAUGGACCUUUCAGUUACGCGAAAAACUCAGAUUUUCAGAAAGACAGUGCAAAUUUGGUGAAGGAGAUGAUCCAUGAAGCCAUCAUCGAUAAACUGGACGCAGACUUGUCGAGCUCAGUCAGCCUCGUAGAUUUAGGAUGUUCCGUCGGUCCAAACACCUUCCUCGCCGUACAGAAUAUGAUUGAAGCACUCCAAACAAAAACAAGUGCUUCGCUCGAGUUUGAGGUUUUCUUCAACGAUCACGCUGCCAACGAUUUCAACAAGCUCUUCGCCUCCCUCCCGCAACGCAAAUACCACGCGGCCGCAGUGCCAGGAUCAUUCCACGGCCGCCUCUUCUCCCGCGGCCGCAUCACUUUGGCCUAUUCUUGCUUCACUCUUCACUAUCUCUCCAAGGUGCCGGAGGAAAUCAUCGACUCCAAAUCUCCCGCAUGGAACAAGGCCAGAAUCCACUACACGAAUACAGACGCGUCCCCACACGUCGCGAAGGGGUAUUUGGAGCAGUUCAAGAGGGAUUUGAGGGCUUUCCUUAGCGCGAGAGGAGAGGAGAUUGUGAAAGGAGGGUUAAUGUUUCUGAUCAUACCUGGAUUAGCAGAGGGCCUCACCCACUCGCAGAGUUCUUACGCUGUGAUCUUUCGUCUUCUUGAAUCUAGCGUACUGGAGCUAGCUAAUGAGGUGAUCGUGAUCGUGAUCAUAUUGAAUCUAAGUAAGAAAAAAAAAAGAAUUGGAUUUGCAUAUUUUAUGAGACUGGUGUGUAUAUUGCAGGGUGUGAUCGGAAAAGGUGAAGUAGAUGGGUUCAACUUGGCGUUUUACUUCCCACGUAAGGGGGAGGUGAGGGAGGUGAUAGAGGAGGAUGGGUGUUUCAGCGUGGAGAGAGCGGAGAUGAUUAAUCCGAGGUCGAAUAUUAGGGCACGUGUAAUUGUAGGGCACCUGAGAGCUGGGAUGGAAGGAAGUUUUACGGAACACUUUGGAGAGAGUGUGAUGGAGAAAGUGUUUGGUAGGGCUUUAGACAAAGCUGAUGAGGUUUCCGACCUGUUGGAGGCGUCCCUGCGCGACUCACCUCAACUGUUUUACGUUUUGAAACGUAAAUAAUUUACCUUCACGUUUCGUUCCAUGUUUCAAUAAAAGUAGCCAAAGUGAAGACGAAUGUUGAGUUAUGGAAGCAGUGUUUCUAUUGAAAUAAAAGAAAAUCAACUUAUUUGUAUAAUAGAAAUUUCUAUUAUGUAAAUUCAGAUUUCAUAUAGUAGAUUUUUCUAGAA